CCCGAACUAGCGAGAGAAAGAGAGAGAGAGAGAAACUCGAAAGAUCCUCUCCGCUAGAGAGAGAGAGAGAGAGAGAGAGCGAGCGAGUCGAAGAUCCGAUCGAAGCUGAAGGGAGGCGGCGAUUCCGCAGCCCUAAUUCCGGUCGCGGGCGUGGUGUUCUUCCGGUAAGCCCUAAUCACCUCUGUUCCUUCGAGCCGCGAGCCGCGAGCGGCGGGGUUGAACCCUAGUUGUCCGUGGGGAAUUCGCCGAUCUGUUGCCGCGGGGGGAGGUUUCGCCGGCGGGAUUAGGGUUUUUGGGGGUUGCUUUUCCCCCGGCCGGAAUGUCCUGAGCCGGAACCGAUCUGGGGGAUCUCGUGUCUGCCUCGGCCGUAUUUUCGCGAGGGUUUAUUUAGUUAGAUUAGGGUUUCUGGAGUUUCAUGUAUGGCUUCGGGGCCUAUUGUUGGAGGUGAUGACGGAGCGAGGGAGAAGCAGAGGUUUGGGGAGAGCAAGGUCUACACGAGGAAAUCAUUCAAGGGUUUGAAAAAAGACGCCGCCGCUGCAAACAAUACCAAUACCGAGCCCGACGCCAACGCGAAGGCCACCGCGGACGCCAACGCGAACGCGGACGCCGCUGCGGACGCCGCAGACGCCCCUGCCGUGAACCCAGGCAAUGAUAUUGAGAACCACGACGAUGGAAACGGCGCAAAGCAAGUUCCUUCCCAAACUAUUGCUUCUGAGGAUGACAACUCCGCGCAGCAACUGCCUAGUUCCCACGUAGAUGUGGCCUCGGAAGAUUCUGGUGCCAACCGGCAAGAACCUGUGGCUGCCGCACCGAGUUCCCACGUAGAUGUGGCCUCGGAAGAUUCUGGUGCCAACCGGCAAGAACCUGCGGCUGUGGCACCGAGUUCCCACGUAGAUGUGGCCUCGGAAGAUUCUGGUGCGGACCGGCAAGAACCUGCGGCUGCGGUGCCAAGUCCCCAGGAACUUCCUUCUGGGAAUGGUUCCAUGGUGACGACGGGUCUCGAUGGUAAAGUUAAGAUUAAUUUAUCUUCUCGGUCGAAGCAAGAAAUUCGCGAUCUACGUAGGAAGCUUCAGAGCGAGCUUCUUACCGUGAGGAACUUGGUGAAGAAGAUUGAGGACAAAGAGGGACAGCGUAUCGGUUUCGGUCACUCGCGUCAGUUGGCGAAUGAUGCGGUUGAUAAUGGUCCAAGAAUGGUUCACUCCGAGGUGGGCUCUGUUGGUGUUACUCCUCGUGAGAAUCGGGCUUUGAAUCAGCUGAGCAUAUCUGUUUUCGAGAAUAGUCAGGGGAUGACCGAUAGUUUGGAGAAGGAGAAGAGGACACCAAAAGCUAACCAGUUCUAUAGGAAUUCUGAGUUCUUGCUUGCAAAGGAUAAGUUUCCACCUGCUGAGAGCAACAAGAAGUCAAAAACAAAUGGGAAGAAGAAAGGUGGGGAGGUAAGAAGUGGGUUGGGGAUGGGAACUAAGUUCUUCAAAAGUUGCAGCUCUUUACUGGACAAAUUGAUGAAACAUGAAUAUGGAUGGGUGUUUAACACUCCGGUUGAUGUAAAGGGCCUCGGUUUGCAUGAUUACUAUAGCAUCAUAAAGCAUCCAAUGGACUUGGGCAGUGUGAAGACAAGGCUGAACCGGAACUGGUAUAAGUCACCGAAAGAAUUUGCAGAGGAUGUCAGACUUACGUUCCGUAAUGCCAUGACAUAUAACCCUGAAGGGCAAGAUGUUCAUGUCAUGGCUGAGAUUCUGUACAAGAUAUUUGAGGAUAGAUGGGCCAUUAUAGAGUCAGAUUAUAAUCGUGAAAUGCGGUUUGCGUUAGACUACGACAUGGGUCUUCCUACACCUACCUCAAGAAAGGCAUUCCCUCGCCCCCCUCCCCUAGAUAUGAGAAGGGUGUUAGAUAGGUCUGAAUCUAUGACACAUCCUUCUGAUAUGAGGACGAAACCAUUUAGUGUUACUCCUUCUGGUCGGACACCUGCACCUAAAAAGCCCAAGGCAAAGGAUCCUCAUAAAAGGGAUAUGACUUAUGAUGAGAAGCAGAAACUUAGUACAAAUCUCCAGAAUUUGCCUUCUGACAAGCUGGAUAACAUAGUGCAGAUCAUCAAGAAGAGAAAUUCGUCUCUUUUUCAACACGAUGAUGAAAUCGAGGUGGACAUUGACAGUGUUGACACUGAGACUUUGUGGGAGCUUGAUAGGUUUGUCACAAACUAUAAGAAGAGUUUAAGCAAGAAUAAAAGGAAAGCUGAACUUGCCAUGCAGGCCAGGGCAGAAGCACAGCAGAAUGUUCCUGAUAGGGGUCAGGCCACUGUUGUGGUAGAGGCACCAAAAGAAACUGACACAGGUCAGAAGAACAUUACGUCCUCGCUGCCUGUUCAAUCAGAAGGACACGGACCUAAUUCAAGUAGGUCAAGCAGUUCAAACUCCUCUAGCAGUGACUCUGGUUCAUCCUCAAGUGAUUCAGAUAGUGACAGUUCCUCAGCUUCAGGAUCUGAAGCAGGGCAUUCACCAAGGACCUGAAUAUGUUUGUUCAGAUGGUAGGAACUUAGAUAGGCGCAAUUUACUGGGCAACAAGACAUGAUGCUUGGGACAUAUUCAAUCCAUCCACUCUGCAAAGUGUAGUGAGAUUGUUGCUUGCCGUUUGGCCCUAUGGUCAAGAAUUUGUACAAUAUAGGGUAGGCUAUGGUGACAUUAGAUAGGUUUUUCUUUUUGUGGUAGUACGUGUACAUUGCUAACUAUUGUCGCUGGGCCUCGCUGGACCCUGUGACAUGUUUGAAGCUUCCGCUCCUCUAGAUUCAGGAUUCUUUUGUGUAUACAGAAAAUUGUAACCCCAGUUCCUGAAGUAACGAUUGCUUCAUAAUUGCUUCAUAAUUGCUUCAUAAUUACUAGGGUUUCUGCA